AUGUUCAGAUUUCCCGAAUCGAGUCCUCCUUCGACUCCAGACAAAUCCCAGAGUCCUUUCAGCAAUAUAUCCACAACGCCUGCAGGGGCACCGCCAUCAACCAGUCGUGGAAACUCGCGAACGGGGACGAGGUCAAACAUCAAUUUUAAUGAGUCUACAUCUACAUUCAGCCAGUCUCGCAAUAUCGGCGGAAAUGAUAGUUUCUUCUCCUCCAUCUCAUCGGCAGACGUUCCGCCUUUUUUGAAUGCGAAAAGCACGGUGUCCACAGGGUCAUUUGGCGAUUUUGGCGGUUUUGGCAACAAGGCAGGUGGAUUCAGCGCGGUGAAUGGUGGUAAUAACCUGAAGGUGCGCAAUCGAAAGCCUCAUGGCUUGAGCCAGAUGACCACAGCCAGCGAAGAUUGGGAGGACGAAGAAGACGUUGACGAGGAAGAAGAGGACGCAGAGGGAGAAUAUGAGGAUGAAUAUUCUGACGAGGCAGAAGAGGAUUACGAAGAUGAAGGAGAGGAGGAAGAACGUGAAGACGAAGAAGAAUACGGAGAUGACGAAAAUGCAGACGGCAACAGCGAGGGAGACUUGGAGAUGGAUGCUACGACGGAUUUUGCAGCUAUGCAAACCGGAUUUUCGAACUCGAUAUUCAAUGGCUUUGGUCAAACCACUGCACCAUCACAGAAGAGGAUAUAUUCCAACCCCAACAAUGCGAAGCGCGCAAAACUCGACGAGAAAUGGGCUACGUCGUCACCCCAAGCUGCGAAGAACAUAAUCGGCCCACGGAAAACUCCAUCUCAGUUCCCUUCUAUAGCUAGCAACCUAGCCUCGCCGGCUAAAGCUGUCACGGAAUCUGGCGAAGUAGUGCUUCAGACGAGCUACUACAUUGGUGCACUGUUGGACAAACUCCAGGAAAUUGAACCCGACGAUGCUGAAGCUCUCGCUGUGCUUUCCGAAGCAGCAGCCGCAUUGACUGAUUUCUGGGGCGCUGCAUCUGAGAAGAAGAGAGAGCAGAGUGGCCAGCAUCGACCCCACGACGAUUUCGGACCCGGCGAGAAGGCAAGUGGUCUCGAAAAUGCUACAGUUGUUGCCUCACUUCUGCUACAGCUUCACCAUCCUCGGGCCAAAGGGUCUGACAGACGCGACUUAUCUGCGGCUAAUAGUCAAAACCUAGCUCUUGUUGUGUCAUCACCCGAAACAUACACGCCCACCCCCAAGAUUCUCGUCGACUGGCUCAACGCCAACCAUCUCGGCUCUUUGCAUGAAAUAGAGUCCCUACAGCAGACCAGCCCUAAUCCAACUGCUUCUUCACAUUUCUGGGACAUUGUUCAGGCUGGAGUAUUGCGUGGACGAUUCAGUGAAAUAGCAGCGAUCCUUCGCUCUGCCGACUUCAACUAUGCUCAUUCAGCAUUAGAAGAUGGUUUCUCGCAGCCUGGAUAUCGUGGAAUGCAGCUCCAGGCUGUUCAGAAAACAGUGAAUAAGGCUAUACAAAUGCUGGAGGCGUCACCCGUUAACCAAGAUAACGAUUGGGAUGUUAUUGGCGCAGAUUGGACAGCCUAUAGAAAACGUAUUCGGUCUGCGCAAAUCGAGUUACAGGAACUUGCUGAGGGCGACAAGGCACCCCAGCAAGCAGGUGGUUCCAGAUUUGAAGCAUCGCAAUUUGGCGUCUCCACUCAAUUCGCUCCCUCUGAGUCAGCGUUCUCAUUCACCCAAACGUCACGCAUGGCAGAGAGUCGCAUACCUUGGUCCAUUUAUCAAGGUAUCAGUAAGAUUUACGGGGUGAUUCUUGGCAACUCAUCGGUCAUCAUUUCUGUUGCUCAAGACUGGAUUGAAGCAACUGUUGGGCUGACGGCCUGGUGGGACGGGCAAGGGACUGGCGUCUUUGGCAAUAGAGAGCAAGUCAAUGAUGCAGACCGACAGGAUGCAUAUUUACGCCGACUCAAUGAUUGCUUUGGAGAAGUUAUCGAGGGUGCAGAGAUGAAGUCGCGGCCCAAUCCUCUUGUAAAACUGGACGUGGCAGUGGCCUGCUUAUUUGAGGGGAACUUGGUCGGGACGAUCAAGUUACUUCAAACAUGGUCAUUGUGUAUAGCCGCAGCUGUCGCCGAGAUAGCGCAUGAAGGCGGGUGGCUAGAGACGUCUAUCGCUAAUAUGCCGGGCUUCCUCAAUCAGGACGACUUGAUGGUGCUGUCUUAUGGACAAAACGACAAUGUCGCCUUGGACCAAAUCAGCAAAGAUGAAGUGUUGGAGGCUUAUGCAGACAAAUUGGGCGACAGAGACCAAUUCGAGUACAAUGGCAACUCUCGCAAAGGCUGGGAACUAGCUUUGGAGGUUUUCAGCAGAAUGCAAGACAAUAAAAGGACUAGUGAAAGAGUUUCUAGGUUGUUGAAUAAGAUUCCUGUCGACACUGUGCAGCAGGUAGAUCGAGUGAUCACCUUGUGCAUCGAUCUCGGAUUCGAAGAUGAGGGCCGAAAGCUUGCUGCUAACUUUGGUGAAAAAAUCAUAGCCGCCGGACAAACACGUGCGGAUUGCGACUAUGGACUUGCGAUGAUUUGUUUUGCUCGUGCGCGAUCUGUCCGCAAGGUCAAAGAGAUUGCCAAUAGUCUUAUUGCGUAUUCUUUGCAGCAAUCUCGCGCUUGGCCACCAGAUGAGAAUCUCGGAGGUCAAUUACGAACUUUGGUCCAGAAUCCUAAAGUGUGUUUAUCAUCUAUCGCGGCAGUCGACAGCGAGGCAGCCCAAAUAAUACAAUUCUACGCAAGUGGUUAUGCAACAUUGCGCCGGUUUUAUGACCUUCGCGACGAACCGGUGUUGUUCAAAGGCCGCAAACCACAUCUCAGACCACUAGCGAGGAAACGAGCUGCAGCCGAAGCAUUGGUUGCAGUUAUCCGAAGCUCCGCUGAUAGCAUCUAUGGUGGUUUAUACGAUCCGGAAAGAGACUCUGCCGUGCUCGUUGACAACUUGAUGGCUCUUCUGGGUGAAGCCAUUUUAUUUGUCAAUGAAACACCGUCUUCCCUCUCCAUCGAGCAACAAUCCAGCAUCCUUGCCGCAAUCGAGGACCUCGAAACCGUCACCCCACGCGUCUUCGCAGCAGCCCGAGAAUUCUUCUACGAAUGUCUAAAUGAGUACAUCUACGAAACAACCGGCGAGCCCCGCAAAUCAUCCUCCUCGCCACGAUCAACAACCAGCCUCAAGAAAUCUGCUUCAGGGCUCACAGCAUCAAGCAGCUUCUCCAUGAUCGAUAGCCAUAUGGCCGACUCGUCGAUUACGCAUGCCACCAACAAUACAAUGGCAUCAUCCGGUGUGCUAGUGCCCAAGCCGGAUACAACAUACGAAUACGCGAAACCGAUCGAGAGGGGUUGGGAUUGGAGAAGAGGUCUUGCGGAAUCGUCAGCUACAAUGAAUGGAGGGACGACGGAAAGUGAGGAUGGAGAUGCUGCCAUUAACCCAGAGGAGAAAUUGCUGCGUGUUUUGAGGUUGCGGUUGGCGCAGGGCAUGACGUGGCGGUGA